UCUUUCCGCCGCCGUGAGCUUCGGGAGGUGCAGAGCUCUCUCUCGGGUGUUUCCGCCUUCCUCGAGCGGUGUUGUCCGGGCAACGCGGGCGGCGCGGCGGCUUGGCGGUGGUCUGAAAGGAACAAGGAAAAAGAGACUAAAUUAACUGGUUUGAUUUAAAUGUUAAUUGGAAGCCAGGCGUGGAGGCACAUGCCUUUAAUCCCAGGACUCAGGAGGCUGAGCAGGUUCGUGUGUCACCAUGGCCCUCUAUUAUGACUAUCAAAUCAAAGCUGCGGAUACAACCAGCUCUCCCACUCACUUUGCUUGGCACCCUGUUUAUCCCUUCCUGGCAGUUGCUUCUGUAAGCCCGUCUUCUGGAUGCAGCGUGGCCAUCUACCUGGAACAAGGAGAAGCUGUGCCUGAGACCCACAUUGAGAGGUCCUUCCAGGUCACUUCCCUAUGCUGGCACCCAACACGGCUGGUCCUGGCUAUUGGCUGGGAGACGGGAGAAGUAAUAAUGUUUAACAAGCAGGACAAGGAGCAGCACACGAUGCCCCUGACACACACUGCUGACAUCGCCAUCCUCAGCUGGAGCACCAGUGGGAGCUGCCUGGUGUCUGGAGACAGGCUUGGAGUCCUGCUCCUAUGGAGGUUGGACCAACGAGGCCGUGUGCAGGGAACACCUCUCUUGAAACACGAGUAUGGGAAACACCUCACCCACUGCAUCUUCCGGCUUCCCCCUCCUGGAGAAGAUCUGGUGCAGUUGGCAAAGGCGGCAGUGAGUGGGGAUGAGAAAGCCCUGGACAUGUUUAACUGGAGGAAAAGCAGCUCUGGGAGCUUCCUGAAGACAGGGUCUCAAGAAGGACUAUCAUUCUUUGUCAGUCUGGUGGAUGGGACAGUGCACUAUGUGAAUGAAAAAGGCAAGACCGCCCAGGUGGCAUCCGCAGACAGCUCCAUCCAGACUCUGUUCUACAUUGAGAAGAGAGAGGCACUGGUGGUGGUCACAGAGAACCUGCUGCUGUCCCUGCAUCUGGUGGCCCCUGGGGGGGGAGCUGAAGAAGUGAUGAAGGUAAAGCUGAGUGGGAAAACGGGUCGCCGGGCAGACAUUGCUUUGAUUGAGGACUGCCUUCUUGUGACAGCGAUAGGAGAAGCCGUACUCAGAUUUUGGGACCUGGAACGAGGAGAGAAUUAUAUACUGAGUCCUCAGGAGAAGUUUGGCUUUGAAAAAGGAGAGAAUAUAAACUGUGUUUGUUUCUGUAAAGCCAAAGGUCUCCUAGCAGCUGGUACCAGUAAAGGGCGAGUAGCCAUGUGGAAAAGAGUGCCAGGUUCCCCAAGCAACCAGUGGGUGGAGGGCAAGGACACGUGGGCUCUUCAAACACCUACCGAGCUUGAAGGAAACAUCACACAAAUACAGUGGGGCUCCAGGAAGAACCUCUUGGCAGUGCGCAGCAUCAACUCGGUGUCCAUCCUCAGUGAGCAAGCCAUGUCAUCGCACUUGUACCAGCAGGUGGCCGCUGUGCAGAUCUCUCCGAGCUUAGUCAAUGUGUCCUUCCUGUCCACGGGGGGUACACACAGCCUGCGCACAGACAUGCACAUCAGUGGAGUGUUCGUCACCAAGGAUGCUGUGGCUGUCUGGAAUGGAAAGCAGGUGGCGAUCUUUGAGCCUUCAGGAUCCAUCUUAAGGAAUGCAGGAACCUUCCUGUGUGAAUCCCCAGUGUUAGCAAUGCACGAGGAAAGUGUUUACACAGUGGAGCCAAACCGAGUUCAGGUUCGGACCUGGCAGGGGACUGUCAAACAACUCCUGCUGUUCUCGGAGACCGAAGGGAGCCCCUGUUUCUUGGACAUCUGUGGGACUUUCCUGGUUGUAGGGACAGAUUUGGCUCACUUUAAAAGCUUUGAUCUUUCCCGAAGGGAGGCGAAGGUGCACUGCAACUGCAAGAACUUAGCCGAAUUGGUCCCUGGGGUGGGCGGCAUUGCUUCUCUCAGGUGCAACGCCAACGGGAACAAGAUCAGCAUCCUCCUCAGCAAGGCUGACAAUAGCCCUGAUUCCAGAAUCUGCUUCUUUGAUGUUGAAAUGGAUACAGCGACCAUCUUAGACUUCAAGACUGGGCAGAUUGAUCAGAUGGAAACACUGCACUCUAAUAACCAAGAGACUAAGAACCACAUAUUUGUGGAUGAGAGACUGACAAAUUAUAUUCCUGUGGGCCAUUUCUGGGAUCAGAGCGAGCCCAGGCUCUUCGUGUGUGAGGCCUUGCUGGUGGUGCCGGGAGCCCAGCCACAAGCUGUAGACAAGCAGCCCUACGUGGAGGACAGCGCCUGCCACACGGAAGAUAUUUUGAUCCUGUCGUUCUUCGCUUCAGAAGAGCAUGGCUUCCUGCUUUACGACUGCUUCCCCCAGCCGCCUGCCUGCCAGACUCUGCUGGGGAUGGAAGUGCCUCAUUACUACUUCACAAAAAAGCCUGGAGAAACAAACAAGGAAGACAGGGGAGAUUCUGGGCAUCAGCACAUCCCUCAGAUGGUGGCCAAGAAACCCCUGCGAGACUUUGUGGGGCUGGAGGACUGCGACAAGCCCACUCGGGAUGCCAUGCUUGACUUCAGCUAUUUCGUCACUGCCGGAGACAUGGAUGAGGCUUUCAAGUCCAUCAAACUCAUCAAGAGCAAGACCGUUUGGGAGAACAUGGCACGCAUGUGUGUGAAGACCCAGCGGCUGGACGUCGCCAAGGUGUGCCUAGGAAACAUGGGUCAUGCUCGUGGAGCCCGAGCACUGCGAGAGGCCGAACGGGAGCCCGAGCUGGAGGCCAGAGUGGCCAUGCUGGCCAUCCAGCUAGGCAUGCUGGAGGAUGCUGAGCAGCUGUACAAGAAGUGCAAGCGCUAUGACCUGCUGAACAAGUUCUACCAGGCUUCAAACCAGUGGCAGAAGGCUAUAGAAAUGGCUGAGCUCCAUGACCGUGUCCAUCUGCGCACCACUUACUACAAUUAUGCCAAGCACUUGGAGGCCAGCGCUGACUGCGGCCUGGCCCUCAGCUACUACGAGAAAUCAGACACCCACCGCUUCGAGGUGCCCAGGAUGCUCUCAGAAGACCCAGUGUCCCUGGAACCUUAUGUCAAUAGGAUGAAAGACAAGACCCUGUGGAGGUGGUGGGCCCAGUACCUGGAGAGUCAGGCAGAGAUGGACACAGCACUGCACUACUACGAGCUGGCACAGGACUACCUCUCUGUGGUCCGCGUUCACUGCUUCCAGGGCAACAUGCAGAAGGCUGCUGAAAUAGCCAACGAGACUGGAAACUGGGCCGCAUCCUACCACCUUGCCCGGCAGUAUGAGAGAUGUGAGGAUGUGAGGCAGGCAGUACACUUCUACACACGGGCACAGGCCUUCAACAAUGCCAUCCGCCUGUGCAAGGAGAACGGCUUAGACGACCAGCUCAUGAACCUGGCCCUGUUGAGCUCACCAAAAGACAUGCUCGAGGCAGCCCGCUACUACGAGGAGAAGGCAGAGCAGAUGGACAGGGCUGUCAUGCUGUACCACAAGGCAGGCCACUUCUCCAAGGCUUUGGAACUGGCCUUCGCUACCCAGCAGUUUGCCGCCCUUCAGCUCAUAGCAGAGGACCUAAACGAGAAGUCCGACCCCGCCCUUCUGGCCCGCUGCUCAGACUUCUGCAUCGAGCACAAGCAGUUUGAGAAGGCUGUGGAGCUUCUGCUGGCUGCCAAGAAGUAUCACGAGGCUCUGCAGCUGUGCCUGGACCAGAACAUGACCAUCACUGAGGAGAUGGCGGAGAAAAUGACUGUGUCCAAGGACUCCAAGGACCUGUCUGAGGAGUCUCGGCGGGAGCUGCUAGAGCAGAUUGCCAACUGCUGCAUGCGCCAGGGCAACUACCACCUGGCCACCAAGAAGUAUACCCAGGCCGGGGACAAGCUGAAGGCCAUGAGAGCACUGCUCAAGUCAGGAGACACGGAGAAAAUUGUGUUCUUCGCGGGUGUCUCGAGGCAGAAAGAAAUCUACAUCAUGGCGGCCAACUACCUGCAAUCCCUGGACUGGCGGAAGGAGCCGGAGAUCAUGAAAAACAUUAUCAGCUUCUACACCAAGGGGCGGGCCCUGGACCUCCUGGCUGGCUUCUAUGAUGCCUGUGCCCAGGUGGAGAUUGAUGAAUACCAGAAUUAUGACAAGGCCCACGGGGCACUGACUGAGGCCUACAAGUGCCUGUCCAAAGCCAAGGCCAAGAGUCCCCUGGACCAGGAGGCGAAGCUGGCUCAGCUUCAGAGCAAGAUGACUCUGGUGAAGAGGUUCAUUCAGGCCCGCAGGACCUACACAGAAGACCCCAAGGAGUCCAUCAGGCAAUGUGAGCUGCUCCUGGAGGAGCCAGACUUGGACAGCACCAUCCGCAUCGGAGACGUCUAUGGCUUCCUGGUGGAGCAUCACGUGCAGAUGGAGGAGUAUCAAAUGGCCUACAGGUAUCUCGAGGAGAUGCGGAAGAGACUGCCUUCUGCCAACAUGUCCUACUACGUGGACCAGCGCACUGUGGAUGCCGUGCACCAGGGCCUGGGCCUCCCUCUGACGCGCGUCCUGCCCGAGCGGAUCCGCCACAACAGCAUGGAAGACCAGAAGGAGAUGUAUGAGGAGGUGGAGGAAGAAGUAGAAAACUAGCCCUGACGUGCCUCGGGCUCCAGCUGGCAGUGCCCUGCUGCUAGGAAAUCAUCUGCAAUCCUCUAGUUUAGGAAGGGCAGUUUUGUUAGGAAAAGCAGGAAACAACCCGUUCCUGCACAGCGGCAUGUGAGCAGGGAGCUGGCACGCGGAGCCGGCAGCCGCCGUCCAGGAGGAACUGCACUGUGCUGGGCCGGCCUCCUCUCCACAUGGAGAAGGAGGCUUCAUCAGCAUGUCUCUGGGUUCUGGAUUGUUCUUGUGGAUUUUGGGGUUAGUUGCUUUUAAAGGGAAUUAGAUUCAUCUUUCCUGUUUCCUCCCAACUACAGACCAUGGAGCCUCAGAAACUUGUAGAGCUUUGUGGCCUGGGGCUACAUUUGGUAUUCGAGGACACCUGGUACCGCUAACUAUGCUCAUAGCUACUCAAUAGUGCCCAGCAGGGCCCGGUGCUCCUGAGGCCACAGCUGAGACCAGCUCUGGUGACUGCUCUUGUGCCCACGGUGGGGACAGAGACAGCAGGCCCUACCCACCACACUCCUAUGACUGCAAUAAUAAAGUCUGUUUUCUCCGAGGCCUAGGCCCCUUCCUGCUCUGUUUCCAUGCUCCCCUCAUGAACGUCUACAGAAGUAAAGUUCCUGUCUGUCCGUCCGUCCGGUGAGACCCACAAAGGAAGACUGUGACACCUGCUUCCCUCCCUGUUUAUUCUUCUGGAGACACAGCCUGGGGGGCUCAGAGGACCAUCCGUGCUCUGCUGCCAUUGCGUCCCCAAAGGGGCACAGUGAAGGCUCAGGAGCUCUUCCUCCCUCCGGCAUGAGGCCUCUGACGUGUGGGGCAGCGCAGGCCCUCCCGUCCUCAGUUGAGCACUCAGCCUUGCCGGGCUGUGAGUAACAGCAGGGCCAGCGCUGGCGGAGGCUUCCUUCACACAGACCUGGCUGCCGCACACGCCGAUACCGCGCGCUCCUCGGGGUCUUUCUCCCUCUUUCCACUGGGGGCGGCCCAGGGCGUGGCUGCACCUCCUGUGGCGGAGGUCAGGAGCUAGGGAGGAGUCUCCCUCUGAUUCUUUCCAGAAGUAGCAGAGCCUUCACUGCCAGCUCCCUGCAGCCAUCAUCUGCAUCCUUCUCUGCCACGUCUGCCGAGUGGAGACAGAGCGGGUGAGCAACGUGCCGACCAGCCCCCUCCUCCUGCUGUUUCCCCAAGGAGCUGCCGGCUUGACCCUUGCAGACCUCACCUGGACACCCAGCAGAGAGAGCUUUACCUCCACAGUGGCAGGUGAGGGGACACCUCCACUAGGGGGAGCAGGCUGUGGGUUAGGCACACAGCCCAGCAACCCCGGUACCAACCUUGGAGGAAACCAGCAGGAACAGACAAACCCCCCUGCAGUCCAACGGACCCAUGUGAGGAAACAGCUAGGACCCCCACCUGCCACACAUAUAUGUCCCGCAAAGGCUGCAAAUGUGGCCACAAAGGAGACCCCGUAGGUGGUCACAAGGGGCUACCUGCUGCCAAAAGGUCAGAGGUGCCACUCUCCUUGGGAGGAGACGGGAGAGAGCCACAGGACCUAGAAUCACAAGCUCCUCUCUGUCCCUCGGAUAGAGCCACGUCCCGACCACACUGCCAUGAGAAAACUGCACACGGUCUCACUGACACCCCAGGAGCCACAGGGAAGCUCUGCUAGCAGAGGUCACUGCUGUGACAUUACAGCCAAACUAAGACCCCUUCUCGGGGCGGUCAGGAAGCGCUAGGGACAAAAAUCCAGAGGGGACUCUGUUGAGUGUGUCCUGCACCCAGCCCUACACUGCCCUUAAACAGUGGGGAUGAGGCUGCUCUGUCGAGAACCCCGUACACCCCCAGUGACUGAUCAGCUGAGGGCCAGGGUUCCCAUGGUCCUGAUGCCUCUCCCCUCCACAUUCCCAGAGGAGCACAACGUGAGUCUCAGGAAAGUAGGAAGCCAGGGGACCAGGAGUAGGAUGGCCUCUCAGCCCUGCUGCCAUUGGCUGCCCACUCUGUGAGGAAGGAAACGUUCAUCCUGGGGAUGCAGCGGGAAACCACCAGGGUGGUGGUUUGAUUCAGGUGUCCCCCAUGAACUUGUGUGUUGAAUGCUUGGUGCCCAGCUGAUAGCAAUUUGGGAGGUGAAGCCUUGCUGGAGGUGUAUUGGUUUUUUGGGGGAAGGCUUAGAGGUAUUUGUCUCUCCUGCUUCUGUUUUCCACCCGCUGUGGCAGAGGUGACGUCCAGCCUCUGCUUAUGCCAUGCUGUUGUCCCCUGCCUUCAAGGAACUUUCUCUCAAGACUGUAAUCCAAAAUAAAAACUUCCCUCACAUCA